GGAUUACCAAACUGACUCCGAAGUAUUAGAUCUUUUACAUUGUAUGAGUAACCCAGAUCACAUUGCCUCCAUCCGGUCGACAAUAUCGAACAAAACAUUCCCUGCGUCCCACUACAGUCCCUAUAGCUCUAAGACAGACGCUGGAACAGCACAGAUUAGCAUAUUGGCACCUAACGGAGAUGCGGUUUCUUUGACAACGUCUUUGAAUAGUGGGUAUGGAUCUUUGGUAAAAGGAAGAACAACCGGCAUCAUCUACAAUGGUUCAAUGAACGACUUCAGCAGACAGGGCAUAACUAACGGACUUCCUGCGUCACCAAACAACUACAUCGUUCCUGGAAAACGUCCGCAGUCUUCUAUGUCACCCAUUAUCGCGAUGGAUGCCUCUGGCAAUGUAGUACUGGUUCAAGGCUCUUCCGGGGGUGCGAAAAUUAUAGCAGUAUCAUCUAUGACUGCGUUGCAAGUUUUGAAGCUGAAGAAGACAAUUAAAGAGGCGCUCGAUUCACCGAGAAUUCACCAUCAAUUAGACCCGGAUGUACUUUUUGUUGAGCAAGGAAUAUCUGAAGCUGUCAUAGAGGGCUUCAGGGAGAAAGGUCACGUUUGUGAGAAAGUAA